ACAGACAAAAAAGCAUCAGAACUCAUUUACCAAUGUAGCAUAGUGUGAAAGGAAGUAGGCUCCUUUGAACAUCAAAGCCUUCCAAGUUGUAACCACAUGAGUGAAAGUGUGAAACACUUCCCUUUCUAGGUACCCAAAACCGGACUUUUUCUCUUUGUAUUUUCAUCUUCAAAUGUCCUACUAUUUUUCUUCACAAAAUUCAAGUUUCUCAAAUGCAAGUGCUUUGAAAUGUUAAAAAGAAAAAAGGGUCCACUCUUGUGAUUUCAAAAGCAACAUCAAGGUUUUGGAGGUUUCCAUGACUGAAAAUUGUAGUUGCAUCAGCAUCAGUCAAUUUUGUAAGUUUCUAUGGCUGAAAUUUUAGUUGCAUCAGUUGCAUUUAUUUAUAAUUUCUUGCAAUGUCAAAAUGACCUGAAAUUUGAAACCUUGGUAGCAGUUAUAAGGUUUGUUCCAAACUUUCAAUGUAUUGCAAGUGAUUCUAUAUGUUCUUUUCCUCUUUCUCUCAGGAAAGAGAAAGUUUUUGCUUCAAUGACUUCUCCAACUAGUUAUACUGAUAAUAAACUUCAGAUCCAGCACAUAAUUAACAUUCCUGAACAUAUUGAGCCUGAGGUGUAUGAUGAAUGUUGCAUUUACAAGGUUCCACCCCAUCUUUCGAAGUUGAAUGUGGAAGCCUAUACCCCACAGUUCAUCUCAAUAGGCCCUCUUCACAGUGAUAAGUCAGAACUAAAGCAAGAGAAACAGAAACAAAGGUACUUUCAUGCCUUCUGGAAACGUCUUUCUCAAAAACAGGCUUUAGCUUUGUCACAAUAUAAAGCCUUCAUUGAAGUGAGCAAAGAAAAGAUACGUAACUGUUAUUCCAAGCCAGAGCUGUGCAAGGAGGAAAAGUUUGUAGAAAUGAUCCUGUUGGACUCAGUCUUCAUCUUGGAGCUUUUUCUGAGAAAAUCAAGCAAAUCUGAACAGGAGAAUGAUUUCAUGUUCACCACAUCAUGGGUGUGCAAGAGCACUCAACGUGACUUGUCACUACUUGAAAAUCAGCUUCCCAUGUUUGUGUUGGAGGAAUUGCACAAAAGGGUCUGGGUUGGAGAUAAUGCCACCAAGGAAAACUCUGGCAAAUUUAUUGAGCUUGCCUUUAACUACUUUGAAGAUUUUUAUCCACACAAGUCAAUUCAAAAAAUGGAGAUGAUCCAAAACUGUAAAUCUUGCAAACACUUCACUGAUUUGAUUAGAUACACCUACCUUCCUAGAGAAAUCCAAGUCGAGCGGGUGAAUGAAAAUCCAUCACAACAUUUCACCCCUUGUCAAGUAGAAUGUGUUCUGAGGACUGCAACAAAGUUGUAUGAGGCAGGUGUUAGCUUUGAGAAAGUUCAAGGUAGGAGCUACUUAGACAUAAAGUUUGAGAAAACUCCAAUCCUGAGCUGGUUCUUGUGUUUUGGUUGCUUACCAUACUCAAAAUGGUUCAAAGCUCGUUUGCAAAUUCCCCAUUUGAAAGUAGACCAAGUGACUGAAUGUGUUCUAAGGAACCUCAUUGCCUUGGAGCAGUGUCACUAUUCAAACCAACCUUUCAUAUGCAAUUAUGUCACUCUAAUUGACUCUCUGAUUCACACUCAAGAGGAUGUGGAGCUUCUGGUUGACAAAGAAGCUAUUGUUCAUGAACUUGGCAGCCACACUGAAUUGGCAACAAUGAUAAAUGGUCUUUGCAGGCAUGUUGUGGUGACUUCAAAUUAUUAUGGCGAAAUCACAAAGGACCUCAAUAAACACUACAACAAUUGCUGGAAACACUAUAUGGGUGUGCUGAGAUCUGUGUACUUCCGUGACCCUUGGAGAUUUAGUUCAACUAUCGUGGGAAUUGCUAUUUUCUUAUUUACUAUUGUUAACUUUCUAAGGGUCAUUGGUGUGUUUUAUCCAAAACAUUGACACUACUACUGUUCUUAUAAUUUUGCCAGGCAAAGUUUUGGUUCCCCACAUAUCUUCAAAGCAUGCUGUAUACUAAAUGCAAACACGUAUCUCCGCCAAGUUUUAAUUGUAGUGAACCAAUUCUAAGUGCUGAGUUUGAAAGAUGUGUUUCUUUUUUAUCACUAGCAAUGAAAUGUGUCAAGUAUGAGAUCAGUUUCUUUUAUCUUCA